CAUCUAUUGACUCUGAUAACAUUCUUCUACUACAUGUUCUCACAGAGUAACAGAUCACAAUGAUUCAUUUCAUCAGAUUCCUCUUACUCGUCCUUCCUGCCUUCUCAGUCGUUGCACAGACCUCCUACUGUACCUUUGAUCAAAUUCGCCGCAAGGAUGUAUCCGGCUGCAUCUGUCAAGGCCACAAAGAUGAUUGCGACCCAGUUAAAGGUUGCGACGCCUGUGGGUUUGAAAUAAAAGAGAGGCGCACUCACAGCAAAGCCCCGCAAUGUCCCGUCGGAUGCACUGCCCAGGACUGGAACUGCAGAGGAUGCGGCAUAUGGUAUACCACCCUUUGCAACAGCCUUCAACUCUGCCUCAAGGGAUCCAAGUGUGUAUCCUCCAAUAAGAUUUCAAAAAACGGCCCUUCGAGCUGGAUAUUGUUGCCCCAAGAUGAGCCUCUCAUAACCAAUACAGACCUGCUUCCCGGAAUUCUAGAAAUGGCCAACAACCCGGGGAAAUAUGGGGAUGCCUUCGACUUUGCUCAGAGGAAUUAUGACCCUGACAAACAAGCUCUGGCGUUGAAUUCUGUUCGCACGCGGACGAUGGAGCAGUUUCAUAUCCAUGUCUGCUCUAAACCUACUACCCAGAACCCCAGAGUUAUCAAGAGAUUGCAGGCGGCAAAACUUAAUCCGACCAAGGAACUGCUGCCAAUUCCGAAACUAAAACCAACUGACCCAAAUCUCUGGUGUAAGAGCGUCGCCAGCGGCAAAGGCCCAGUCACAGACUUCGUGCAAUCUAUACAUGCACUAUUUCAAAAGCCUAAAGCAGUUUGCAAAGAAAUCGCUGGCGCAGCCAUUGUACAGGAUUUUAAUAAAAACAGAUGGGGAUGUGUUACCGACAGUAAAGACGGUCCAUUGCCCGAUUUCUGUUCUGGAUACCAUUAAAUAAAUGACACGGUUCAGGGUGUGAGAUUGAUCCUAAGAGUCAGGGGAGCAAAGUGUAUCUAACUCCUGACAUUGAUUACUUGUAUUUACAUUUGGUCAUUAAACAAUGUAGCAAACAAUGCUUUUUGCUAUAGAAAGGUCUAUAAACCAAAUAUC